AUGGUAAAAUAAAGAAGCUUCAAAAGGAAGGAUUAGGAGAAACUGAUCAGUCUGCUACACUUAUGAUAGAUGAAAUUUUUCAAAUUUUAGAUCAUGAAUCAAUGUCUGGAAAUGAUAAUGAAAGUUUAGUUCGACAUGUAUUUUUUUGGCUUUCACUACUUUGUAGUUUGCAAAGUAGUAAUACAGCCAAAUUAAAAGUGAAUGAUAUAAGCCGUCAACCUCAUAGACAUAGAAGUCAUAAAGGAAUAAAGGCUUACAAUAACUCAAAUGAAGAUCAAAAGAUUCAGAAUACAGCUUUAUUAAUUUCACUCGAUUAUGAAGAUUUGCCAUAUGAAGAAUUUAACUAUUUUUCUAGUAAUGAUUCAAUUUUUAUGACAGCAGCAGAAAACUACACAUUUGAUAAUGGGCCAGAACCAUAUAAUGAAUAUUCAGAUUCAAGUAAUUCAUCACCUAUCCUACCACCAGCAAGAUCGAAUUAUGACAAAAGAUCAACCUUCAGAUCCU